AUGCCAUUCGAACCAAAGCACAAGGUCGAGCUCGACCCGCCAAAAGACGAUGUCAUAAGCCAGGAUUAUCUCUCAAAGUGCGAUGGUUCGAACGCUGAGUACCCAACUUACGUUGCGAUUAAGGUGUGCCACGAUAUACCUGAUUGUCAGCCUGCUGGAAUACUGACCGAGGGCAAGGGCACGGUUUUCGACGUGAGUGGCAACAAGUCGUAUGGUCCUGAAGGAGGAUACAAGGUCUUCGCUGGCAAAGAUGCUUCGAGAGCGCUGGCUCAGUCCUCCUUGAAGCCAGAGGAUUGUCGGCCAGAUUGGCAAGACCUCGAUGACACCUCCAAGAAGACGCUCAACGACUGGUACACCUAUUUCAGCAAACGGUACAACAUCAAGGGCAAAGUCGAAGGUGCUACGAAUACAUAG